AUGCAGAUUGGGAUGAGUCACAGAUUUUUGAUUACAGACUCGAUUGAUCCUCGUCGAUUGAACUCGAUUGAACUCGACGGAUCUAAGAUGAAGAUAUCGAUGGAUCUAAGAUCUCAUCACCUUUUGUUCGUCGGCUGUGAAGUGGAAUCCAAGAGAUCAUCUUCCUCUCCUCUACUAAUUUUGAUUAGCACCAUCAUGAUCAUAUUCAUCAUUUCUGGACCAAAAUCAGUCGAUGCAGCAGAUUGCAAACAUCUGGUUGGACCGUACACGUACACGGACUCAUGCUUUACGGAUUGCGUGUCUGGAAAAUAUGGAUAUAAUUACGAAUCCGCUUUUUGUAGACGUGACGAGACCGGAACUUGUAAAAUAUGUUGCUGCGAAAUGAUCAACGAAUAGGUGCAUGUGCA